GCAGACGUCCGUUUUAGAUUCGCCGUUAACGUUAACGCUGCACAUUGUUGACGGCGUUUCUACGAAGACGAAGUCUCAUUGUACGUUUGUCUCCGCGUAACCGGUAAAAGACGAAAGGGUGAAUUUAGUUUAAAGUGUUUUUUCUUGUAAAAACGACAUUAAUGUUUACUGCUGUGUCUCCGCGCAGAUAUCACUCCGCCGCAACCACUCACUCCCAUUCAUAGCAGGGGAGGGAGGAAGUGGCGGAGGGAUACAGCAGCGCAAAUAGACCCAAACAGCGUGCUCGGUGCCAACUUACAGCUAACAUCACCCAGCACAUGAACAUCACUGAUUCACUGAGUGUUUUUGGGGAAAAACACGCCAUUUAAAGUGCAAUUUUUUCGGAAUAAGUAUUUUUUUGACACGUAAAAAGUCCGGAUAAGGCGAUGGAGGCGAUGGAGCUGCCGAGCGCAGCAGACGGAGCAGCCGAUCUGCUGAUGGAGUGUGACGAAGAGGAGCAGCAGGUUUGGCCUCCUUCACCGCAGAGACACGACGAAGAAGAGGAAGAAGAGGAGGGACGUGAUGAAGCUUUGGCGGCGGCCGUGGGUCCGCUGGACGAAGAGGAAUCGAACCUCCGGCCCAUACAGAUCGUCCCUAUCCCAGUUCAACCAGUCGGCGGCUGCAGCCCCCCCACACAGAACAACCCUCUGCAGUCUUCAGGUGUUCCUUUGGGCUUCAAAGUGAACGGUCUGUUGUUCCGUCUGCUGCCUGGAGGCGGCGCUGCGGAGCUGAAGCUGUGCUCUCACCCCGGAGGUUCAGCCAGCGGCUUCACUACGGUCCAGAUCCACAGUCCUUCAGCGUCCCAACACAUGGACACCACGGCCGCUCUGACCGCUGCCGAGGCCGACCCCACCCCCAUCAUCACAGGUGUGGUCUCCGGUGAAGCAGCUCAGAAGGUUUUGAGUGUCCACAGUGUGAACAGCGAGUCCAUCUCCCCUGUCCCCGUCCCCGUCCCACCCAGAGCCUCCUCGGUCCCCGUCACCGUCCCGUCACCGUGGACCCUCGUCUCGCUGGAGACUUCCCCGCCAGCGCAGAAGACGACCAAACCCUGCCGCCCCGGCAGCAUCAAACCCACGGCUCCACACAAACUGCUACACAAAGGUCAGCUGGGUCCCGUCUCUCCGGCCGACUGCUCCGUCUGCUCGUCUCAGUUCAGACUCAUCACGGAGCUCCGAGGAUUCAUGUGUGUAAGUUCAGCUUUAUAUCUUAGUUUCUUUAUUAUUAUUAUUAUUUAA